AUGUCGUCAACCCAAAAUAUUGAUCCUGCCUGGCCACCCGGAACUGUUAGGCUCGAGGACGGUGUACAAGAUCUCUCCCAGUCAGAGGUUAUCCUAGAGCCGAGACCUAGCAGAGACCCAAAUGACCCAUUGAAUUGGCCGCAAUGGAGGAAGCAUCUGAACUUUGGACUCGUUUCAUACUAUGUGGUAAUGGUUAUGGCACUGAUCAAUGUUGCAACGGUGACCUGGGGCCCUCUGAAUCUUGAACUUGGCUUCAGCUUUGCACUGCUUAAUGAUAGCUACGCAGCCGGCUGUGGAGCGUUGGCAAUCGGCGGGGUAAUCCUGAUACCAUUCGCCCUGAAAUUCGGCAGACGGCCUGUCUAUGUCUUGAGCACGGCGAUUCAGUGCGGAAUCAGCGUCUGGUCCGCCCGCAUGCAGAACGUGGCAGACCUUAUGCUGGUUAACAUUCUCAGCUGUAUCGUGGGUGCUCUGGCCGAGGUGAUGGUGCAAAUGACAGUCGCCGAUGUCUAUUUCGUUCAUGAGAGAGGCCUAAUGAACACCAUCUAUUACUGGUUUAUGACUUUCGGUACCACCCUGGCCCCCCUAGCUGGAGGGUAUAUCACCCUUUCCCAGGGCUGGCGCUGGGUGUGGUGGUGGAUGGCUAUUUUGUUUGGCGCUGGGCUUGUGGCAUUCGUCUUCCUUUAUGAAGAAACAAUGUUCACUGCUUCGCUUAUUGACGGUGUUCCAGUCAUCAAUGAGACAGUUCAGGAACCGGAUUUUUCGAAAAAGGAGCCUGGGGCCCCAGUUUCCCAAAAUAUGAACGCUGCCAAGGACGAGGCAAUGCCAUUCGACCCCGUCCAGAUCGACUACUCCAUUCCGAAGAAAAAGUACUGGCGGAAACUGGCUCUGUGGGCUAACUCGCCAAUAUCAUUUGGCCAGCUCGCGAAGCACACCUACCAGCCAUUCCUUAUCAUGUUCAGCAUCCCAGCCGUCUUCUUCAUGGCAGUCGAGUACGGGAUCAUGACUGCCUGCACCACAGUCCCCGUAACAACGCUCUCAUCCGUCAUGACACUACCCCCCUAUAAUUUCGGCUCUUCCCAAAUCGGCCUGAUGGGAAUCCCGCCAUUCAUUGGUGCCUGCCUAUCAGCCAUAACCUGCGGCCCACUCAGCGACGUGAUUGUCCUUUAUCUGGCAAGGAGAAACGGGGGUAUCUUUGAACCGGAAAUGCGCCUUUGGUUUUGCCUGGUGUUUGUCCCGUUCGUUCCCGCGGGGCUCUUCAUGUUUGGAAUCGGCCUUGACCGUGGCUCCCAUUGGCUUUUACCGGCGUUUGGGCUGGGCAUCACUUCGUUUGGGAUCGUCCCAGCUAGUAGUGCGGCACUUACUUAUCUGACGGAUGCGUAUACAGAUAUCAUCGCCGACUCGAUCGUCGCCCUUACAUUCACCCGCAACGUCAUUUCCACUAUGUUUGUCUUUGCCCUCCAGCCGUGGGUUGACCGCGUGGGCCUGGAUUGGUUUUACGUCACGUUUGGACUCAUAACCAUUCUGACCAUGAUGGGGAACUUGGUUUUUAUUUACUUUGGGAAGAUGUUUCGGGUUAAGAUGGCGGGGAGAUAUAGUUGGUUUGCGCAGAAAGUGUCUAUUUAG